UACAGUUUAAAAAAGUCAUUUCAUUCAACUAGCAUCAACAAUAACUAAAUCGACUUUUAAAAAAAGGAAAAUUAUAAAAUGAAGUUGCUUAUUGCAGAUAUGGAGAACAAGAAAUAUUUUGUUGACAAAAGUAAUGUCUCUUUGAAAUCUUCGGAAGAAAACUCACAAUCGAUCCAGACUUUUUCAUCUCACCAAGAAUCUAAGAAAAGUAAGCAAUCCGAGGAAAAAAGAAAAUCAAAGAAAUCAAGAAAAAUAUCUCGAAUGGUUUUAAACUUCUGUCGUUACGUUGGUCUGGGUGUAGCUAACUCUGCUCCUAUUGUAUUGUACUACCCAGAAGUUCCUUGUAGAGGACAGUUUACCGAUCAUUCAGGAAAUAAGUUUCGAGACAGCUUUUGCAGAACUGCUUGUACAUUAUCUUUUCCGUAAUCUUGUUAUAUUUUUUCAAUAUUCUAAUUUUCAUCGCCUUUAUAUCAAUGUUGUAUAAAGUUUAGCGAAGGAAAAUGAUAUAUAAAAAUACCACAAAAUAAAAUAUAUAAGCUA